UCCUCGUUGAAGGACAUGAAAAGUUGCAAAGAAAACUUGUCAUUACUUUGUUGCAAGCGCACUUGACUGACAAGUAUUUAAACCUUUAAUUACACAUUUUUUAAAAACCGGAAUCCAUUGACUUGAAAAUGAUGGACGGAGUUUGGAAACCAGUGAUUAUCUUGAGUGUCUUCAUCGCAGCAGCACAAUGCCUGAACUGUCGUCAGUGCCCUAUCAGUCUAAUAGACACCUGUCUGUUCGGCAGUGAAGUCACAUGUAGUAAUGCGAAUGAGAGUUGCUACCGUGGACAAGCACAGUUCAAUGCGACAGAAUCAGUCACCCUGCACAUCCGCGGCUGCCUCAGCUCACGUCUGUGUGGAACGACAAUAAACAGCAGCCUUCUGGGUGCCGAUUUCACCAGCAGUUUCCAGUGUUGCACAACAGAUCUGUGUAAUGGAGCCGCUUCUGUCCAGCGCCCUCUGAUUUUGGCCCUCUGUGCUGCCAUCCUCUCAGCUCUGAGGGGUUUGUGGGAGUUGUAGUUUUACAUAAUCGCCCUCUGUUCCCACAGUUCUCCGAGUAGAUCUGUUUAUUGUUUUUACUUACUCUGUCAUGAAGGAAUUAGUAUAAAUCAGAAUCAGCCGCUUACUGUGAUUUUUCCUUUUAUCGUGUAAUGAAGAGAUAAUUCUAUAAAACAGAGGGGUUUUUUUUCACUUAAUUUUUUAUUGUUGAUUUCUACAUCCAUAUAUUUGCAUAUACAAACCUUACGUGUACAACCCACAUUCAAAACAAUACAAAAAUAUGAAAUACAUGUUUAGGAGUCACAUCA